AUGAAAAAUAUUUUGAAUAGAUACUCCUAUUCUGGGAAUGAGGAAUUAGGAAGAGGGGCAUUUGGGAGAGUAUAUAAAGGUGUUGAUUCAAAGACUAAUAAAUCUGUAGCAAUAAAAAGUACUCAUAAUUCGGAUUUUAGUUAUGAACUUAGAUGGUUUAUAAGAUUAAUAGAUGAUUGAAAAUUUCAAAUAAGAAAUGAGUAUAAUGAAAGAAUUUAAUCACCCAAAUAUUGUUAAACUUUUAGACUUUUAGAUGGAUCCAUAAUAAAAUGUAAAUAUAAGAAAUUCGGUUAGAUUGUUGUGUUUGAUUACUGUGAAGGAGGAGAUUUGUCAAAAUUUUUAGAUAAAAAAGGUUCUAUGCUUGAUGAACAAGCAGCCACUUAAAUAUUAAUUUAAAUUUUUAAUGGAUUUAGAGAAGUAAUAGCUAAAGGAUAUAUUCAUCGUGAUGUUAAGCCUGCCAACAUUUUAAUUUAGAAUGGAAUUUUUAAGUUGGCUGAUUUUGGAUUUGCUACAAAAGUAGCAAUGAAUGAAAUACUUGAUUAAUAAGUUGGAACACCAUUAUAUAUGGCUCCAUAAUUAUUAGAAAACACUCCUUAUACUUCUAAAUGUGAUAUUUGGUCAUUAGGGAUUAUAGCAUAUGAAAUGAUUUAUGGUAGAUAACCAUGGUCAUGUAGAGACAUGAAAUCUUAUUUAAAAAAUAUUAAAUGUUAUCCACUUAGAUUUCCAAUAGACAAAGCAGUUUCAGAAUAAUAUAAAAGUAUAAAUAUUUGUAAUAUUAAGAUUUUGUUAGAUUAUGUUUAAAAAUUGAUGAAAAUUAAAGAAUAGGAUGGAAAGAUCUCUUUGAACAUUCUUUGCUUGAUACAAGAUAAUUAACAUAAAAGACUUUUGUAAAUAUUUAUAAUAAAUUAAGAAAAUAAUAUAAAUUGAUGAUGAAACUAAAUAAAUACUUAGAAAUAUAUAAUAUAUUGCUUAAACAAGAUAAUUAAAAAUCUAAGAACAAUUUAACAAAUAUGAUAUAGAUAAAGAAGGUAAUUUAGAUUUUAAUGAAUUCUUUUAAUUUAUUUUAAAAAUUGAUCCUUCUAUUACUUCAAAUGAGACUUCAAAAUUAUUUAAUUUCUUAGAUCAAUAAAAAAAAUAAAAAAUCAAUUUAAAUGAAUUUUAGAUUUUAUUUAGUGGAAAUGAUUUUUCAGAUCUUAAAAAUUUUGCAUAAAGAAUAAUAUAAGAUUUAAAGGAGAUCAUUGCUAAUAAUAAAUUAAAUGUAGAUUAAAUAUUUCAUUUUUAUGAUGAAGAUAAAGAAGGAGAUUUAAAACUUGAUGAAUUUAGUAAUCUUAUAUUAAGAAUUGCACCUGCUUUAAAACCAAAAGAAAUAUUGAUAGUAAAAUUAUUUAUAUUCUAUAAUUUAAGGUAUUUACUGAAUUUGAUAAGGAUAAUAACAAUUCCAUAAGUUUAGAAGAAUUUAAAAAGAUUAUUUGUCCUUAAGGAUAAAACUAUGAAAAACUUAAGUUAUAAGUAUUUAAUAUAUAUAUGAUUAAAAUAGAAAUUACAAUAAGAAUUAGUUAAACAAAUAAAAAACAAAAAUUUAACAAUUGAAAACAUUUUCAAAACAUUCAAUAUAAGCAAGACAAAUAAAAUGAAUUAUGAAGAAUUUGCAACUUUAUGCAGAGAUCUUGUUAAAGUUAUUACAGAUAAUGAGAUACAAUAAGUGUUUAAAACAGCAGAUAAAAAUUAAGAUUAAUUUAUUAGAUAUGAAGAAUUUAUCAAUUUUUUUAAAUGA